AUGGAUUGUUUAAAGACUCUUCUCGUUGCCAACAGAGGCGAAAUCGCUGUGAGAAUUAUCAAGACCGCAAAGAAGUUGGAUCUUCGUACAAUUGCGAUCUAUACCGAGCCGGACGCUGCCUCUAUCCAUGUUCAUCUAGCGGAUGUCGCCGUUCUCCUCUCUGGUUCUGCUUCGAAAGCAUAUAUUGACGGUGAUCAAAUUAUCCAGGUUGCAAAGCAGAACAAUGCGGAUGCUAUUAUCCCAGGUUAUGGAUUCUUAUCUGAAAAUGCAGAUUUUGCGAGGGCUGCGGCUGCCGCUGGUCUAGUAUUUGUUGGACCCUCCCCUGAGAGCAUCGAAGCUUUUGGCCUCAAGCAUACCGCGCGAGAACUUGCGACGAAGGCUGGGGUUCCCAUCGUGCCGGGAUCACCUGGCCUGAUCGAGCAUGAAGAAGAAGCUGUGGAGGUGGCCCAGACGUUGGGGUAUCCGGUCAUGCUGAAAGCCACCGCUGGUGGUGGUGGCAUGGGCUUGCUUACAUGCAAUUCCGAGGCCGAAGUGCGCAAGUCCUUUGCAACUGUCAAGUCGCGAGGGGAAGCAUUAUUCAAGAACGCGGGCGUGUUCAUCGAGCGUUAUUAUCCAUCGAGCCAUCACAUAGAAGUUCAGGUGUUUGGCAACGGGAAUGGUAAGGCGAUUUUUAUUGGCGAAAGAGAAUGUUCGAUACAAAGAAGGCAUCAGAAGGUGAUUGAAGAAUGUCCGAGCCCUUUCGUCUCCAGAAGACCAGGGUUGCGAAAGAGCUUGGGUGAGGCUGCCGUCCGUCUGGCAGAAUCAAUCAGUUAUGGUUCAGCAGGGACGAUUGAAUAUCUUGUCGAUGAUGAAACUGGCGCAUUCUUCUUUCUUGAGAUGAACACUCGCCUACAGGUUGAGCACGGGAUAACUGAACUCUGCUAUGGCAUUGACUUGGUUGAACUCAUGCUAGAUCAAGCGGAUGCCCAGCUUUCUGGGAGGAAGGGCGUUGAAGCAUCUUUCCUUGAAAGCUUAUCCGUGGAAACUCCUUCUGGCGCUGCUAUUGAAGCAAGAGUGUAUACUGAAAAUCCGACCAAGGAUUUCGCCCCUUGUCCUGGAACCUUGCAAACUGUCGAAUGGAAGGAAAUACCAGGUUCGAGGAUUGAUACAUGGGUCUAUCGAGGCAUCAAGGUAUCCGCCAAUUACGACCCCCUACUCGCGAAGGUCAUGUACCACUCGCCAGAUAGACAGCAGACUAUAAUGGGAAUGAGGGAAAUUCUAGGAAAAUCACGCAUCUGCGGGCCUCCAACCAAUCUGGAUUUCCUGGUUAAGAUUCUAGAAGAAGAGGCCUUCAUUGCAGGCAACACAUUGACAAGAUUUCUGGACGACUUCCAGUAUAUUCCGUCAGCGAUCGACGUCAUUUCGGGCGGCGCCUAUACGCUCAUCGAAGACUGGCCCGGUCGACCGACCAUAGGAAGGGGCUUUUGUCAUUCCGGGCCAAUGGAUCCGCUAGCCUUCCGCAUCGCGAAUGCCCUUGUCAAUAAUCCCGUCGGGCUCGAGGCUCUGGAGAUCACCCUAAGCGGUCCAGAUCUACGCUUCCUCGGGCCAGCAAUCAUCUCCCUUUGUGGAGCGCCGAUUGAAGCUACACUCGAUGGAGAGACUGUUCCAAUGUGGUCAAGAGUCAAGGUAGCCGCUGGUCAGCGUCUGACUAUCGGUAAAACGACAGGAAACGGCUGCAGGGCUUACCUUGCUGUCUUUGGCGGAUUCCUCAAUGUGCCCAAAUGGUUUGGGUCAAAGUCGACAUCUCCAGGUGUGGGAGUCGGAGGUUAUCAAGGCCGGCAGCUUUCGUCGGGAGACCUUCUCACAAUCACAAGCGAGGUUCCGGAAGUCAAUGGUGAUCUCCGUAUACCGGAACACCUCAUCCCCAAUUACCCAAAUCACUGGGAGCUACUAGCCAUGCCAGGACCCUACGAUGAAGGCUAUCUUACUCCCGAGAGCAUCGAUAUGCUGUUUGAGACUCAGUGGAAGAUUUCACACAAUGCGGCAAGAGGAGGUAUCCGUCUCAUCGGUCCUAAACCACGGUGGGCUCGCUCCGAUGGGGGAGAGGGCGGCGCACAUCCUUCUAAUGUGAUAGAAUACGGAUACGCAAUCGGCUCGCUCAAUUGGACCGGCGACGAUCCCGUUAUCUUUCCACAAGAUGCCCCGGACUUUGGAGGAUUUGUUAGCAGCCAUACGAUCGUAAAGGCAGAUCUAUGGAAGUUAGGACAGGUGAAAGCGGGGGAUACCCUGAAAUACAGAGCAGUGUCUUUGGCUGAUGCCCUGGAUGCGCGGAGGAAUUUGGAGAGGUUUAUCGACGAACUGGUCCAUUGCUGCAAGCAAGAGCAUGGGUUCAACGGCGUGAAACCGCUGGGAGGUGUGCCUCCCGAGCAGACAGCCGAGACUCGCGGCAAAGGCGUGGUGUAUCGGAUUGAAGAACAAGGGAACCAGCCCCUUGUGUCUUACAGACAGGCAGGGGACGACUAUCUCCUCAUUGAUUAUGGCCACGGGUCAUUUGACUUGAAUCAUCGUUGCAGAGUCACUGCACUAAAGAAGGCACUCCAUGAAGGAAAAGAGAUCACGUUCUCGAAUGGACUCAUUUCAAUGAUUGGAUGCGGAAAUUCGCUGAUGCUGUACUACGACGGCAUGAAACUGUCCCAGCAAAGACUAAUCGGCUAUCUCUGCGACCUCGAGACCAAACUCGGAGAUCUUAGUCAAGCAAAGAUGCCGAGUCGGCUGUUCAGGCUUCCUCUCACGUUCGAGAGUCAAAGACAAAAGGAUGCCAUUCAGCGCUACAUGGAAACACAGCGUCCGUAUGCUUCCUACCUUCCAGAUAACAUGGAGUUUGUCGCCAAAAACAACGCUUUUACAAAGGAAGAGUUUGAAAACAUCUUCCUGACAGCUAGCUUGAUGGUCGUCUCUGUGGGAUUCUUCACUGCCCUUCCACUCGCCCUCCCUGUGGAUCCUCGUCAACGCAUGAACUGCCCUAAAAUGAAUCCAAGUAGAGUGUAUACUCCGGCCGGCUCAGUAUCGUGGGGUGGAAGCUGCAUGGCGUUGUACAAUGUCGAUUCGCCUGGUGGAUACCAACUGACCGGAAUGACCAUACCGGGGGUCGACAUCUUGGGCUCGAAGAAAGGUUACAGCGCCGACAGACCGUGGCUCUUCGAAGAAUUCGAUCAGAUAACCUUCUACCGAGUCUCCGAAGAAGAAUACGAAAAACAGUUGGCGCUGUUCAAUAGCGGCCAGUACGAAUACCAAUGGGAGGAGAUUGUCUUCGACAUGGCGGAGCACAAUCGACUCUUGCAGGAAACGCGCGACGAAGUAGCAGCCAUUCGAGCACGCCAGCGUCAGGCGCAGGCCGAGAUGGAUAAAAUUGAAACAGAGUUGCUCGAACGCUGGGCGAAGGAAAAGGCCGAGAGGGGAGUAUCCCAGGAUACAAUUGAGAGUUUACUUCAAGAUCCUGAGAUCAUCGCAAUCGAGGCCCCCUUGAAUGCCAAUGUGUGGAAAGUGGAGGUCAAGCAAGGGGACAAUCUUGAAGAGAACCAGGUUGUGGUCAUAUUAGAAGCGAUGAAACUCGAAAUCGCUGUGCGAGUCGAGCCUUCUACAGCGGGUGCCACCGUGGAGAAAGUUUUGGCGCCGCCAGGUGAACCGAUUGAGGCUGGUAAGCCACUAUUACUUGUGCGGAAAGUCAAGACCUGA